UCCCGUGUUCCAAAUCCCAAACACUGGUGUUUUCUCCCCUCCUUAAAAAGCUGUCGCUUGCUAACUUCCUUAAAACACCACCUUUUUAAAACCUUCUUAGUGCCAUAUGGGGGGCGCACAAAACACACACAACACUAUCACACUCUGCUUCCCUUAUCAAAGUAAUCAUUGAAUCCCCUCCAGCCAGAGACAACCAUACUCGCAACUCAUUAAAGCCCCACCUUACCUAUCUGAUCAUUAUCCUCCAAGAAAAUUAUAACCACAACACCACCUUUAUCAUAUUCAUGGCUAUUAACUCAUCGAUACCUUUUCAGCAUCAGUUCCUCCAUGACGAACGGGGCGAACAUAUUCUUCCACCAAUACCAAUACCAUCACGUGACCCCAAUCACACCAACUGCAACAACAACAACAACAACAUUAGCGGACAUGAUUUAAAGCCACCGGAGCUGCUCAUUCCCGUCCCAAAUAUGCCUCACUUCAUGCCUCAAGACAACACCAAAUUCGAUUCCUCAAGCAUUGGUUCUGACCAUCUGGAAUCGCUAUGGGAUUCAGUUAGUUCGCCCCAGUCAACGCUCUCGUCAACUUUGAUCUCAAUUCAGGGUAGUUCUGAAGAUUCUUCUCAGGAACCAUCGCCUAAUAGCUAUGACUUUUGUUGGAACAGCACCUACGAUGUGGUGGAGAUGUUAGAGAAGAUGAAGCUUGACGAAAGGGACAGUUCCAAAUACAAUCCUGGUUAUGGGAAUCACAGGUUGGAGAUCUCAAACGUUGGAGCCUGCUCUCUCCUUCAUGAACAAAUUCAAGCAAUUCAAUUGUCUCGGGUCAGGCAAGAGCAGAUUCUGUCUGAGAAGCAUAAACUAACUGCAUACAGAGGAAAAAAUCAUGGGCAGAUAUCACAGCAAUUUCAGAAGAAAGUUAAAGGGAUUGAUGAUGGGUGUGAUAAAGGAUGGAGGACUCGUCCACCGUGGCACAAUCGUUCACACCAGCAAGCUGGUUCAAGAGGCAAGUCUUGUGGAACUGGUGUUUUCUUGCCAUGUGGCAGAACAAGUGCACCGUUGGAGUCACGUAAGAGACCAGAUAAAGGAUGCUCCACAGUUCUUAUACCAGCUAGAGUAGUACAGGCUUUGCAACUCCACUUUGAGCAAAGGGCUGCCACGUCUGGGCCUAAACCUGGCGGCUUCCCUCCCCUACAUGAUGUUUUAGUGAGUAACAGGGAUGGCAUGUAUUCAUUACAAAAGCGCCAAUCACGCUACAAACCGGCACAUAUCCAGAAUGAGAUGAUUCUGCCUCAAGAAUGGACCUAUUGAAAUCGCUGUGCAAACCUUAGAGGGGUCUCAUUUUAGUUUUAACACAUUCAUGAUAUAUAAGUUGUCUUGGCAAUUUCUGCCAGAACAGGAGAAAGAAAAAAAAAAAAAGGUUGCAGAGGAAUAAAUAAACCCAACUCCCAAUUCAUAUUUCAGACUGGGUCAAUAUAUGGGGAAUUCUUUUACAUAGAUUGAAUGUCGAGUCAAUAAUGAUAUUAUGGAUUACAAAUAUAGUCUUAAUUGUUUUGUGCUUUGCUUCUCCCUUUUUGGGAAUAAGUCUAAUAGUCUAUAUAGUUCUCAACGAUCGAGGAUCAUACAGAAAAAUAAUAAUAAAAUCUUGUAUAGAAGCGGACCAAUUAAUAUUCUCA